AUGAAGAUCAUGACGGAGUGAUUGUAAUUUGUUUCGCAAAAAUGGUUCUGCAUUCUCGUGGAAUUUUCAACCACUUACGGAAGGUUCUUCAAAUUGACAGGAAAGAUGUUAUUGGUGAAGGUCUCAAUUAAAUAACUAGUUAUUUGCAAGCCACUGAUUCCUCUUUAACUGCACAUUAGAAUGCCGUCGUUGAGGCGGCUGUCUGGAAGAGAGCGCAUCCCACAAGAAUUUGUGUGGCAAUUUACCUAAUGAACUUCUCUCAACUACCUUUGGAGCUUAUAGACGAAAUUCUGAAGCAUUUAGACGCGAUUUCUUUGGCUAAAUCAAGGCAAGUCUGCCGCACAUGGCUAGCGUUGCACGCACAGCCUAAAUAUAAACAGUUAUGGAGACAAGCUUGUGUUCAUGAUAUUGGAUACGAUGUUCUUGUAGAAAUAACUGGAGAUAGAACAAUAUUCUCAGACAACCAUCUUGGACAUUCAAGUGCUGCUGGUGAGGAAGGCUAUCAGAAAACCUACAACAUCGAUUGGAAGGCCAUUUAUCAAAGGUGGUUCAGAAGCCGUCAUAUUGGAAAAUGGCCUUGUAUGAUAACUGAACUCGAAGGACAUUCAGGUUAGACGUGUUUGCCGGCGGCAUUUUUAGCUUGAUAAUUAUGCUUCUUUGAGACUUUGCUUACGGGCUUAAAAGACCGUAAGCAUAGUUUCAGCUAGUGUAGAGAAAUGCUUGGGGUUUGCUGUGAUGAAUUAGAAUCCCAUCAAAGAAGCUAAGAGUAGUAAUUUUCUUAGUCACUUCUUAUGACAGAAACCAUAACUGCAAACAUAUAUCCUGUCUCUGCAGCCAGUCUGCAGAGUAUGGCAGAAUUCGACUAGACCUUAUGCAUGCAAAGGCAAUUCUGCCACGGGAAAUGUAUGCUAAGAAAGGAAAAAAAUCAUGCAUGUAUCUGCCGUACUUUGAAAACAGCUGGAUCAGUAGAGAUCUUUGGUCUCUGGUGUCUGGGAAAAAGUAAAAACUCUUGCUAAGUGGGUCCUCAGGUGACAGUUUGCAGAGUGACCUUGCAGAGGUUAGCUGUGAAUAUGAAGAAGGCAGCCUUGGACCAAAUCAGGGGUGUUCCUCUAACAAGGCCCAGUAUGUGGGACCCACCCUUGCCAAUGUUUCAGUGAAGGAAGCAUGGUGAAUGCGAUAAUUAACACAACAGAGGGACUUUCAAACAAUGGUAGAUAAUCACAUAGUGUUGAGCAAAACUAACCAGAACAAAUACUGUCUCAGCAGUAACCUGCUGGUUAGUCUCACUUCUUGCUGGAUUCUGUUUUUGAGAGGUCUGGUUUCAAAUUUGGCUGGAUCAUUGUGUCAGCGUUCUUAAGGGAACUGCUGCUUACAACUGCAGUAGUGGCAUUAACCCUUUACACCUUAAGAUCAAUAUGCAUAUUCUCCAUACUUUCUCUGUAAAUUUCUUAAGGUUCUGAAAAGGAGAAUUUGUUUAACAAUCAAAGGGGUUGAAGGGCUAAUGCACCUGGGUUCUUUUCAGCUAACAAUAGACUAAGGAUGGGAUAGGAAUGUUAGAAUUGACCAACGUAAAGUUGCAAGUCUUCUUUUGCAUGCAGAAUGAUGGUAGAAUUCUUUCUCUCUUGUUUUACUAUUUAACUUAUCGAUAAAAGUUUUCUCGAAUUUGUAGGCCAAGUCCUGGAUGUGAAAUUCUCUGGGGACAGAGUUGUGACUUGUGGUGUUGAUGGUGUCAUUUGUAUUUGGGACGGAUGGACAGGAUGUUGUGUCAUGGUUCUCAGAGGCCAUCUUGAUUCUGUUACCUCCAUAUCCUUGAGGCAAACACCAGGUUUGAAUAAUUUCCUUGUUUAGUAUACCAUAGCAAUGUCGUGGAUUAGUUUUAGGUAAAAGCAUCAUCAUGUAGGCUUGCUUCAAGGUUAUGGGCCCCUGUCAAUUAUUAAAAGCAAUUGAGUCAUUGGUUGCAAUGAUGUAAAUAAAUGUUAAUAAUAAUCUGUGCAUUUCUUGAAUAUUAUGUGUAGCUGUCAUGCAUGACUUUUCUUGACAACCAUGUUUUAAACAGUGGCCCAAGGGUGUGAUCCUGAACAGACAGUAUCAAAUGCAUUUCUGAGCCUUGUAUGACAGGAGACCCAUGACGCUGUAGAUGAUAAUGAAGAUAAUGAUCAUAAUGAUGAAGAUAACGAUCAUAAUGAUGACAAUGUAUUGCUUUUCUAUAGGUCUAUGGAAAAAUCCCUCAGAUACCCCCCAUGAUCUUCUUGCAUCAGGCUCCAGAGACUGCUCAGUUAAAAUCUGGAACAUGAAGGAAGGGUCUGGUGUUGCUGUAGCAACCUGUCAUGGCCACAAUGGUCCCAUCAACUGCGUCAGUUUUGGAGACAACUCAUUUUUGGCCUCUGCUUCAGAGGACUGUUCUGUUAGGAUAUGGCGCAUUAGCACAGUUUAGUUAACUGUUUGUGUAGUUGUUGUUAUUUUUUUUUGUUUAUCAGAACCUUGACUGACCUCAUUAAUUAUUUGCUGAAAUUGAGUCCUUUGAAAUCCCACAAGAGACAUCAUACAUGAGAGAGAGUUCAAUGAGCAUUUUAUCAAGCACAGUGUGAUUAGAGUGUAACCUCCUAAGAUCAAAAAUCAGGUCCCCUUACCUCUACUGGAUUGCAACAACAUUGUCUGUACCACAUUAAAUGUAAUAUUUUUCUAAAGGAUAAACUGAGAACUUUUUGUUUUUUAUCUCCAGGGUAAUUGUACUUGUUAUUACACACUGAGUAAUUUAGGUGACUGGGUGGAACACACAAGACUUUGGGGAUCUGAUACUCUGCUAUAUGUCACAGUAAAUGGCAAGCUGGCUUUGUCGUAAGUGAUAGCUUAUGACAUAUAUAUACAGAUUAAUCUGCAUCCUUCCUAAGUUGAUGCAAUUCAGGGUACAGAUUUUCCAGCUUCAGCUUGGCAGGAGCUGUAUAGAAGUUGCUUUGAUUUAUGAUACAGUUUUCUUCAGAAGUAACUUUUUCUGUUAUUUAUUACAUAUAUUUUUUGCCAUCUCCCUAUACUUUCUGCAGCUCAUAAUAGAUUGACUUUUUAAAUAGCCAAUCAUCAUCCUAUUCUAAAUAUCAAUGUACAAUCAUCAUUUUCCUAAAUUUAUUUUACAGGUCCAUUGCAGAUCAACAAAUAUUGUCAUCUAUUAGACUAAAAGCAUCCAACCCUUUGCUACCCAGAGUUCAUGGUGCUGUCCUUAGAGGGCAGAAUGUGCUUGUUCUAACCGCUCUUAAUGGUCUCUUUUUUUGGUAUGUAUCUCCUAGUGCAAUAUUGAAGACAGCCAUACAGUUCCACCAGCACCAGCAACCUUCAUUACUGCACACAUUUACUUCCCAGAUUUCCUAAAGCGACCAAAUUUAUUAAGCUGAGGUGCCUUUUCAUUGCCCCCAAGUCUUUACUUUGGUUCAUUUUGGAACCUGUUUGAGGAUAAAAAUUGAAAGAACAAGGAAAUAAUGGCAGAUGGUAGCUCAGACUUUUAGGAGUCUCUCAUGAAUUCCAAUCUCAAUCAAGUUAAGCUGGCUCACACUAAAAUGAAAGACAAACAGAAGUGGUUAACAGAAAUGGUCCAUGGACUAAGUCCACUAAGUUGAUUAUUGACAACCUUGGGUCUGGUCAGGGAGGGGAGGAAGAGGAAGAGAGAGAGGAGGGGAGGGGAGGGGCAGCCAUCCACAUGCACAACCCCUCUUAUAAUUCAAUAUCUUUUCAUUGUUUGAGUACACUUAUUCUCCCUAGGGAAAAUAACUCAAACAACAGCAUCUUGAACAACUUUCCAGUGAUUGGUCCAUGUUCUACUGGUGUUGUACGUGGAACAUGUUUGGCCAUGCAUGGAGCCUUGGUCACUGUAGGAACCAGUUCUACUGGAGCUGUGUAUGUCUACCACCUCAAUGGCAAAUGGGGGAAUCAGGUACAUUUACAUAUUAUUACUUAACCCAGAAGGAAGCAGCAUUUAAAUUCUCCCCAAAAUAUCUGGACACAUAUAAUUCACUUAACCCUUUAACUUCUACCUAUAGUAUCCAUACAAUAUCCAGCAAACAGGUAAUGAGAAUACUUAAACUUAUCAGGUAGAAGUUGCUGAUGGUCAAACACCAAAUUCACGUAACUAAUUUACAAGGAAAUGUGUAUAAACCACAGGAGAGAAUUAACAAUCAGAUCUUGGGAGCUUAAGAGUUAAAUAGUUAAAAAACAGUUGACAAAAACCCCAAAAUUUCAGUUUGUUUAAUGGCUCUUCAAACAUGAGGUCCCAAGAUGCUUGACAAAUGGUCAUUUUAUAUAUUUAUUUACAUUUCAGUUUAACAAGAUCCACUGUGUGCUUCAAGUAAAUAAAUCUGCAGUCAAUGCUGUUUCAAUUGAUGAUGAUGGUCAAGGUCCCUGUCUUGCAGCUGCAGGGGACGACGGCAUCGUCAAAGUUUAUCGCUGGUUUCCACCAAGUGUUUAA